CCGUCGACUCUAUUCAAAUGAGAGCUGACAUGCUGGGACAGCAGAUCUGUAGGAUGAAGCACAGCUGCUGACAAGUUGUUGCUCAAACAGCACGCUGCCCGGAGGCGCUUUUACGCGCAUGUGAGACGAAAUUACAAGUUUGUGUUGUGGUAGCCUGUUGAUGAUCGCAUGCCUCGACGCCGUGCCCUCCUUUGAGGGUGCGCGCGUGCUGGGGAGCGUGCGCCCUUUCCAGUUAAUUGUCCGUUUCCCCCUGCCAAAUCGGUGCGGUGUGGAAAAAAAAACAUAAAACCCACUGUGCGCGGCGGAGGAUUAAGUUACAGACUAACUCUCAAUAAAUUGACCGCCAUUAAGAAUCUGUUUUGUUUUGAUUGUUAGUAAGUAGCCUGACGGGAGGGAGAGUCGACGACAAGGUGCGUUUUCACCUGUACUGGCCAGGUGGCGAGACACCGAGGGCAAAUGAGGAGGUUGGCGUCGGGUUCUGGGACGCACGUCCAUCCACCUAACUUUACGCACGCGUGACACAUGUAGUCACACGCACGCGCGCACACGUACCCUCUGGCUCGUACAUAAAGGAGAGCAAACAGUUGAACUCUCGGGUGCAGGCGGCAAAAAUGACAAGUAUGCGGGAUGCUGCGCUCCAUCCGCACGGAGCCGGCUGCGCGGUUUUACGCGCGGUGGCAGGUCUGAGUUCACUCCAAAAGACCCGGCGCCUUCCUGAGUUGAUCCUGGUCGUGUCAGUGAUGUUGCUCGUCCUUUUCCAGUCAGCAUCAGCUCAUCCUCAGUGUCUGGACUUCGAGCCACCUUUCAAACCCCCGUGGCACCUGGAGUUUUGCACUCAGUACGAGCAGUUUGGCUGCUGCGACCAGAAAACGGACAACAUGAUCGCGGAGACAUACUGGGACAUUAUUGACCAGUUGGAAGCGGGAGGUUAUGAUCUCUGUGCAGACAUGUUGAAGGAAAUCAUGUGCCAGGAGUGCUCUCCAUAUGCUGCCCACCUCUACGAUGCUGAGGAUCCAUACACACCUGUUAGGGAGCUCCCUGGCCUUUGCUUCGACUACUGCUCCAAGUUCCACGCCAAAUGUCGCCACGUGGUGAAGUAUCUAACUGAGAACCAGCUGCUGCAGGACACCUGUGAGAGAGAUGUUUCCACAUUCUGCAGCACGGUCGACUUGCCCGACCAGGACUACUGCUACCCCAACGUCCUGAAGAGCCCUUUCCUCAACAGCAACCUGGGACAGAUGAAAAGGGACCCCAGAGGGUGUCUCCAGCUGUGCCUGACAGAGGUGGCCAACAACCUGAGGAACCCCGUGCUGAUGCUACACAGUGGCGACGACACACAUCGCAUGUUCAUCGCAGAGCAGGUGGGCUUUGUGUGGGUUUACCUGCGUGACGGCAGCCGGCUGGAGCAGCCCUUCCUGGAUAUGAGCGGGGAGGUGAUGACCACGCCAUGGCUGGGGGACGAGAGGGGCUUCUUGGGCAUGGCCUUCCACCCCAGGUACCGGGACAACGGACGCUUCUUCAUCUACUACUCUAUCCAGGUCAACAGUAAGCUGGAGAAAAUUAGAAUCAGCGAGAUGAAGGUGUCUGCCCACGAUAUGAACAUGGCUGAUCCUUACUCAGAGAGGGUCAUUUUAGAAAUCGAGGAGCCGGCCUCAAACCACAACGGAGGCCAGCUUCUGUUUGGUGUCGAUGGAUAUUUGUACAUCUUCACCGGAGACGGUGGAAAAGCUGGAGAUCCGUUUGGGAAGUAUGGCAACGCACAAAACAAGAGUGCACUGUUGGGAAAAGUACUCCGCAUUGAUGUAGAUGGUGACUCCAGCGGGAAGCAGUACAGGAUCCCUCCUGAUAACCCGUUCUGCAGCGUCCCAGAUGCCCGCCCAGAGGUGUAUGCCUAUGGAGUCAGAAACAUGUGGCGAUGCUCUGUGGACCGUGGAGACCUGGUCAGCCACUACGGCAGGGGCAGGAUAUUCUGCGGAGAUGUGGGUCAAAACCGCUACGAGGAAAUCGACAUAAUUGUGAGGGGAGGAAACUAUGGAUGGAGGGCCAAAGAGGGCUUUGAGUGCUAUGAUGUGAAACUGUGUCACAACUCCUCCUUGAAUGACAUCCUCCCCAUAUUUGCCUACAGCCAUCAUGUUGGGAAGUCUGUGACGGGGGGAUUUGUGUACAGAGGAUGUGAAUCACCCAAUCUGAACGGCCUGUACAUUUUUGGAGACUUUAUGAGUGGUCGACUCAUGGCGUUAGAGGAGGACAAAUCAACAGGAAACUGGAAGGAAAGGAGCAUCUGUAUGGGCGACACAAAGACUUGCUCUUUCCCUGGGCUCAUCAAUCAUCACCACAAGUUCAUCAUCUCGUUCGCUGAAGAUGAAGCAGGGGAACUUUAUUUUUUGGCCACUGCGUACCCCAGCGCCAUGUCUCCUCAUGGAACCGUUUUCAAAUUCAUGGACCCCUCCAGGAGAGCUCCUCCGGGGAAAUGCAAACAGAAGCUGCUGCCGGUCAAAGUGAGGGGGAAAAAGUUUCCCUUUGUGCCCAGGGAACUGACUGUGCUGGACACGCAUGAAAAACCUACAAGGCCACCGCAGAGAAAAUUCAAACUCACCACCAAACCACCAGCGACGAGCAGCCGGGUCAAGCCCACAACGGCAGCAGCCAGCGUGAGCGCCGUGGCGAAGGUGAAAUGGAGAAGGAGAGAAAAGAAAACUAAGCUGAAACCACAGAAGAAGAACAAAACGCAGACUGACGCACAAAUGAAGAAGAAAUCUUUGAGACGGAAAUCUAAGGAACAAUCGAAAAAGACCACUUUGGUGAAGCCUGUCAGUGACAGAGCAAAGCCGAAGACCAAUCAAACGUCCACAGCUGACCUCAAAAGCAACGUGCUGCAAACCGCCAACAGCCUGAAAGACAACACAGUCCACACAGGGAAGACUCAGCAGAGGCAAACUGGACAUGAGGAAAACAGCAUAAAGCUGAAAGAACAUGACGCCCUCAUGAAUAAAACUAAGACGAACAGAGCAAUGCCAAACAAACUUCAGCCAAAAAGCAAACGAGCAAAACACGCCAAAGCGCUUUAAAUCUUUUGGUUUUUUCCAUCUGAGUCAAAGUAACUUGCAUAUUUUUGUUUGUGAAACAAUC